GAGAGAGGAGCAUCCCCCAUGUACUCCCUGCUACACACACAGCAAGGACUGAGCAUCUUCUUGCAGCAGGGAGCCAGGAGAGGAGACCCUGGCUGAUACCCCAUCACACACCGGCUGGAGCAGCAGCAGCAGAGGGGGGAGCACCAGUCCUAGUGCUGCUGUUUGGGGGUCUUGCCUGCACACCCCACCCACUGCUCCUCCAGAUCAUCACUCAUUUGGAGUGUGACAGAUCCUGCAGCCCUGAUGGACAGGCAGAAGCUCUGAGCCAGGAGGGGGAAAUCUCCAUGCUCCAGCCCUGCGGACCCCGGCUCCAGCACUCUCACCUCCCAUUGUCUCCUGCCAAGAGGACAGUCGGAUUGCACACGGAAUGGCACAAAGGUACGAUGAAAUGGUGCAUUACCCAGGGUUAGAUGGGAUCCCCCUGGCUGGCUUUGGGGAUGCACACGCAGGACGAGUCAUGCAGCACCACUCCCUCAGCCAGAGCUCGCCCUAUGGCUCUGCAGGGGCAGCUCACCGGCUCCCAAUGCCUCCUGGGAUGGGCAGUAAUGACGGCCUGAAGAGGGAGAAGGAUGAGAUUUAUGGACACCCUCUCUUCCCCCUGCUGGCGCUGGUGUUUGAGAAGUGUGAGUUGGCUACUUGUUCACCACGAGAUAAUUCCGGCUCAUUCCCAGGGGGGGAUGUGUGUUCCUCGGAUUCAUUUAACGAAGACAUUGCUGUAUUCGCGAAACAGGUCAGAACAGAAAAACCUCUAUUCUCCUCCAAUCCGGAGCUUGACAAUCUGAUGAUUCAAGCAAUCCAGGUUUUAAGAUUUCACCUGUUAGAGCUAGAAAAGGUUCAUGACCUCUGUGAUAAUUUCUGUCACCGGUACAUCACCUGUUUGAAAGGCAAGAUGCCCAUUGAUCUGGUGAUAGAUGACCGUGACGGCUCGUCCAAAUCAGACUUGGAAGACUUCACAGGAUCCUGUACAAGUCUAUCGGAUCAGAAUAACUCUUGGAUCCGUGAUCACGAUGAGACGGGCUCCACCCACUCAGGAACGCCAGGUCCGUCCAGUGGAGGGUUGGCUUCACAAAGCGGGGAUAACUCAAGUGAACAGGGUGACUGUCUAGACAACAGUGUGGCUUCACCCAGUACGGGGGACGACGAUGAGUUAGACAGGGACAAGAAGAGGAACAAGAAAAGGGGGAUCUUUCCCAAAGUGGCAACAAACAUUAUGAGGGCGUGGCUCUUCCAGCACCUUUCGCACCCGUACCCCUCAGAAGAACAAAAGAAGCAGCUAGCGCAGGAUACGGGGCUCACGAUACUACAGGUCAAUAACUGGUUUAUCAAUGCUAGACGGCGGAUUGUUCAGCCAAUGAUUGACCAAUCAAAUCGCACAGGUCAAGGUGGAGCCCCAUACAGCCCAGAUGCUCAGAACAUGGGGGGAUACGUUAUGGAUGGACAGCAGCACAUGGGAAUCCGCCCACCAGGCUUCCAAGGAAUCCCAGGGGAUUACACUGCAGCCCCCAGCUCUAUGGCCAUGGGAUUUCCACCGUCCGGUUACACGCCCGCAAUGGCCCCGCACCCUGCCGGCCUCCGUCACGGACCGUCUUUACACUCCUACCUCCCAGGGCACUCCCACCACGCCUCUAUGAUCUUGCCCGCAGGCGCCUCCCCUCACCACCUGGUGUCAGCGCAGAGCCCAGCAGAUGCACUUCUGAACGGUCAAAACAUAGAUAUUCACGCUCACUAACAUUCAGCCAAACCAGGUGUCAGGUUCAUUUCAUUCUUAUCUAUUCCUCCAGCUUCCAAAUAAACGUUGUCUUUAAAAUUGGGGAUUUGUUCAGUCGGAUUUGCUGACCUUCGGAGGAGAAUUUUAACAAUUGCCCUCUGGCUAAGGACUGGCUGCAAUGAAGAAACGAAUGGAAAAAAGCAGGGAUACACAAUGGUAUAAACAAACCCCACUACCGUCUUCCUGGAUUUGUCGCAAUGUGAAAUGAAGAGCUGACACUUGGCGCAAGGACACCACUCCUGUUUUUUUGUUUUUUUCAGGGUUUUGUUUUUUCUCGCACAUCCUCCUUUCCCACAAUCCCCUUCCUUUUGGAUGGACCAACACGGGACUCGAAUAUACGGACGUGAACUGAAGCGCAAGAUCAUUCGUUCGUUUUCAUUUUAUUUUAAUUUUCAUGCCAUCACUCGCAGCAGGGACUAAGUUAACUUGUACAUUUUUUUUUAUUAUUAAUAUUAUAAUUAUUUGGGUUGAGAAGUGUAUUGUUUUACUUGUUUUUUAUGAUAAAGCAAAAGAACUUGAAAAAAAUUUCCACUGUGGAUGUAUAUAUAUAAUUGUAUAAAUAUUUAUAGCACCCAUAAACUUCAGGGUCCGUAGAGGAAUUUUUUCAGUUUUUUAUUUUAUUUUUUAUUUCACAGUCUACACUGCACAAUCCAGAUGUCCUAAUAUCGGUUUAUGAGAUCAAUUGUCCAUCCUGCAGCUAACAAACACGUGCUGCCAUUAGUUGGCUGGAUUAUAGAGGUUUGGGGGGGGUCAUUCCGAGUUGAUCGCUAGCUGCCGUUGUACGCUGCGUAGCGAUCAGUGACAAAAAACGGCUAAUCUGCACACGCACUGCAAUGUGCACGCGUGUCGUACGAGUACGAAGUCCAUUGUGGUUUUGCACUGGUUCUAGCGACGAUUCCAAUCGCACAGCCGAAUGCAAAGAGAUUGACAGAAAGAGGGUGUUUAUGGGUGUCGACUGACCGUUUUCUGGGAGUGUUUGGAAAAACGCAGGCGUGGCCGGGCGUUUGCUGGGCGGGUAUCUGACGUCAUUACAGUGUCACUCGUCGCAGCAAUCAUCGCACAGGAUAAGUAACUACAGGGCUGGUCUUGUUUUGCACAAAAUGUGUUUGCAGGCGCUCUGCUGCACAGGCGUUCGCACUCCUGCAAAUGCGAAAAUACACUCCCCCGUGGGUGGCGACUAUGCGUUUGCACGGCUGCUAAAAACUGCUAGCGAGCGAUAAACUCGGAAUGACCCCCUUUAUUUGCGUGGUGUCCUCAGACAUGGCCUGUCAUAUAUCCUAUGCACUAAUAAGGGUCUCAGUGGGUAAAUAAGAUGAAUAUCACUCCCUGACUGUGGUCACUUCCGUCCUUAUGUUCUAUAUCUCUUUCGCUGUCUUCUUUUUUACAUUAGGCCAAAAUGAAAACUAAGGGGGGAAUUUAUCAAAGCAUAGAGAUAAAGUACUAACCAAUCAGCUUGUGUCAUUUUUCAAACACCGGGGCAGAUUAAUUAAGCCUGGUGAAGUGAUAAUGUGGGAGGUGAUAAAGCACCAGCCAAUCAGCUCCUGUCAUUUUUCAAACCCAGCCUGUAACAUGGAAGGUAGGAGCCGAUUGGCUGGUGCUUUAUCACCUUCCACCUUAUCACUUCUCAAGGUCUAAUAAAUCUGCUCCACAGCCUGUAAAAUGAGAGUUAAGAGGGGUACACACGGAGAAAUUCGUGUUUAAAAUCUAAGCAAUCUGACUGGAUUGCUUAGAUAUUAAGCAUGGAUCUGCCGUGUGUAUGCCCCCCAGCGAUAGCGAUGCACGGCCCCGCACAUCGCUAUCGCGGGUUCUAGAUUGAGCUGCAUGCAGGCUCAAUCUAGCGGGUCGCUCACUUCAGCGCUGUGUGAAGUGAG